AUGAGGCACCAAUCAGCUGGUGGGCACACCUACCUACUCACCAUCACCAAUUCAUACUCACACAUGCAUUUUGUUCACCCACUGCCCAACAAGACCUCCACCACCAUCUGUGCAGCUCUUCAGGCAAUUGCUGCCUCAUUCCCUCCAGCGGUGUGCAUCCAUUGGGUCCAUCUCAACAACACACACAAGCUCAACACGCUCAUGGGUGCAUGGAUCCUCAACAUCAGCACCAAAAGGGAGCCUACACCACCCUACACAUCUAA